AUGUUUCUAAAAUCUAACUACUUAAAACUGAGUGAACUGAUAGUUGCUUUAAACUUUAAGCGUUUUCCUCUGAGAUUCUUCACUACCCAGAGAGAUAAUCUGCAGCUAAUAAAGAAGGUGUCGGUGAAUAGAACGGAAUGGGAGAAGCUGAGGACCGAAAGCCAAGAAGACAGCACACAUUACUACGACAUAGAAAGCGAGGCGGCGCUGGCACAUUCGGGAUUCGGAAAGCCGCUAACAAGUAAAAGUAAAUACGGACUAAAGUAUUUGGGAAUGCUACAGAGAGUGUCGCAAUCCACAUCGCAAGAGAAGUUUAACAACCUGCUCGAGGAGAUAUCGACUUACAUAGACGAGUUCACGCCGUGUGAACUGAUAGACAUCAGUUACUUUCUAACGAGAAUAAACAGACUGGGAUCGUCGCAAGUAGUGGAGCCAAUACUGCACAGGUUCUUUUCGCUGCCGGAGAGGUUAUCGUGCCUAAACGGAGUGUACUUCCACAGGCUGCUGAGAACAAUGUUUAUAUACCAGGACGUGACCUACAGGCUGUGGGUGUACGAAAUAGCGCAGAUCCUAUCAUACAAGCACGACCACCUGCUGAUGAGAGACAUACAGCUGAUCGUGGACGACCUGUCGCUGUUCUACGACGCAGCAGCACAGAGCUCACUGCAGACGCUGGAGGACACAGUGAUCAGCAGAGUCAAUGAACUGGACAUGUACAGGUUGCCUCUGCUGAUACACGCACUAGGUAAGAAGGGAGAAGAGAUAAGAAAAUGUUCAGGAAGGUGCGGAUAUAACUCGAUCAAUGUCGCGAAGGUGGUUCACAAAGUGUACGUGGGAUUCAAGGGACACCAGUACUACUACUCGCCGCACCUGAUAGGACUGCUGCUCAAGGGCUAUGUGUCGUUCCACUUUCACCCAGGAACGGAGUUCCUGGACGACAUAUGGGAAAACAUUAAGCACACGAUAAAGAAAAUUGAGUUUAAGUAUUUGUCCUGGAUCUCAGAGUCGCUUCUGAGGCUGCGGUAUUUCCAGAACAUAAAGGAGUUCUUUGAUGAGCUGAUACCGAAAAGGAAUUUACUGAGUUACCUGGAGUACACGGACUUCAUGUAUUCCUGCUGGUCGAUACAGUCGCACAUCCUGAGUCUGGAGUUUAGGCCAUACGUGGUGCCAGGAUCGAUAUGGCAAGACGUGGACCACGCGCAAUCAGGCGAGGAUAGGGGAGUAAGAUCGAGCACACUAUCGCAGGAGAGUAACAGCAAGGAUGUGAUAGACACGCUCUGCGAGUACUACGAUAAGAUAUUCGCACUGGUCAUGAACGAGGUGCCGGCAAAGGUGUACGACUGCACGCCGCCGUACAGAGUGACGCAGUUUGAAGUGCUCACGAGGCUGCUGCACGUGUACCCGACCCCGAGAGACUUUAGAAUUGAAAUGCCGCUGAGGAAGUUCGACAUGGCGUACCCAGUGCUUAAGUUCCCGAACGUAGUGGACCAGUGGAGACCAGGAGACAUAGAGUACGUGUACACGACGAUGGAUUACCUCGAGUCGUCGCGUUUCUUCGGAGAAAGGGCGGAAGGAGGAGCGAGGCAGGAUACGUCAAGCGUGGAGGCGAUGGCGCUGAGCGCGGCCGAGGAGCCGCUGAGGUCACUGGUGAGGGGAGAGAGAGCAGGUGAGCUGAGGCCACUGCACCCGCUGCUCAAAAACUACAUCCACUCGUUCUUCUUCAGGACGCCGGCGCUGGCGCCCAGAGGGCUGCGACUGCUGAUCCAGGGGCUGGUGAGAAUACACUUCGAGCAGAGGGAGGAGGGCACGGUGGACAGGGACCUCCUGCCAACCAUAAAGCUGGGAGAGGCCGAGCGGCCGUUCUCGUGCGCGAUCGUGCGGGAAAUGUACCGGAAGCUGGCGUGCUUCAACAACGACGACCUCAUCGUCUCGCUCUUCGGAAUGAUCGCGCUCAGAAUGUUCGACAUUGAGCUGGCGCGGGAGCUUAUGAGCCAGGCAAUACAAAUGUGGACACACCAGAACGCGGAGAAGGUGCUGCGCGCCGACCAGAAGGAAAUGAUGUCGCUCUUCUUCAAAACGCUCGCCAGAAGCUAUCCUUCCAUCUACUCUACGCUGGAUACGGAGGCGAUAGGGAAGCUGCUGGAGUAG